GUACCUGUGAAUAAAUGUGUACAUAUACACGUAUAUCAACUCAAAUAAAUAUAAACAGAAUCAUAACCUACACUAACGGGCUCCUCAUCACUUGUGAGUAAGUGCAAAACUAGUUUAAAUAAAUUAAAAUGUCUGACGAAGAAGUGAUAAGACGUCGUCUGCUAGUUGAUGGUGACGGUAUUGGUGAUGACAGACGGAUAAAUAUGUUAUUGAAAUCAUUUAUAAAGUGGGCUAAUAAUCCGGAUGUUGAUAACACGCUUCAUGAACGUAUUCUAGCUAGUCUUGCACAGUGUGAAUUUGCUCAAAAAAAAUCACGUUUCAUGUCGGCUAUGAGUCAGGAUGAAUUGAAAAAUUAUAAAACAUUGUACGAUGACAUUGGAACUGAAAUAGAACAGGCCAAACAGGAUAUUGAAACUACAAAAGCUGAGUUGCAAGAAGCCAAACAAAUACGUAAGAAUCGGAUCGAGUAUGAUGUCCUGGCCAAAGUUAUCAACGAGCAGCCUGAUAGAAAGGAAACUAAUUUAAAAUUGGAGACUUUGAAUCAAGAACUUGGAUUUUUGAAGGAAAAAUCUGAGCAACUGGAACAUAAACUGGAGAUGCGGAGGAAACAAUUCCACGUGUUAAUAUCAUCAAUUCAUUCCUUACAAGAGAUGUUAGACGAGUCUGAUGAAGAAAUAAUGGAUGUUAGCCUCGAAAAUUAUGAAGAUAAUGAUGUAGCUAUGCAAGUAUCAUGAGUAUUGUGUCGGAAUCAACUUUUAUACUUUUUUUUUUCAAGAAUAAUAUUAGCACAUUAUAUUUCACUUAAUGUAAAUAGAUUGAAGACCGGUCAAUACAUUAUAAGUAUUGAAAUCUUUAUAAAAUUAUUAAUUUAAUUAAUAAGUUUUAUCAAA